ACAUUGCUCUUAGCUGCAGACGGCAGAACCAGGAGAAGGAGAAGCUGGCGUGCGGAGCCCGGGGGGGGGGCGGGAGAGGGGGGGGGGAAUGGGGGGAAUGGGGGGAAGGGGGGGAAGGGGGGAAGGGGGGGAAGGGGGGGAAGGGGGGGAAGGGGGGGAAGGGGGGAAGGGGGAGAAGGGGGGGAAGGGGGGAAGGGGGGAAGGGGGGAAGGGGGGGAAGGGGGGGAAGGGGGGAAGGGGGGGAAGGGGGGGAAGGGGGGAAGGGGGGGAAGGGGGGGAAGGGGGGGAAGGGGGGAAGGGGGGGAAGGGGGGGAAGGGGGGAAGGGGGGAAGGGGGGGAAGGGGGGGAAGGGGGGGAAGGGGGGGAAGGGGGGUAAGGGGGGAAGGGGGGGAAGGGGGUAAGGGGGGUAAGGGGGGGAAGGGGGGGAAGGGUGUUAAAAGAACUGAGUGUACGUGACAGCGCACACUGUUUCUGAAAAUAUAAUAAGCCAGCUAUA